AUGCACUCCAAGAUUGGAGAUCAUGAGAUCGAUGUUGUUGAUCUAAACAACAUUCGAGAAAAGGAGAAGGGGCUUUGCGCUGUCUCUAGUGCCUACAUGGUAGACGAACCACUCUCUGACUGCCAGUCCAGCUUGGACCGUUUUCGCGACAGCACAAAUUACCUACAGGAUAACAUCCGUCUGGUAUGUCGCGAAUUCAACACCAAUGUCAAGUGGUCCACUAACCUACUUAGAUCAAUUGGUUUCGAAAGUGAAUUCAACCAGUCUCUAGCCGACCCCUCUUUUGACGAACUCAAAGAAUUGUUUAUCUCCAACAAGGUGGAGAGUUAUCUCAAUACGCGUUUGAGACGUGCCAAGGAAAAUAAUGACAAACGUAAUGGUCUACGAACAAGAGAUCUGGACAAUCCAAUGGGAUUUGACAUUACCGUACCCUUUCUCACUCGUCUCUGGCUCUUUUUAAAGGCAAGAUGUUACUAUUCUGGCAUCGAUUUUGAAUACACGCCUCAUGUGAUUAUCGAUAAAGUAUCCAAAGUCAUCAAGCCCCAACCUGUCCAACCAAUGGCCGAGUCUCAACCAGUGGCCAAGAUCCAAGCCAUCAACUAUGAUGACCUCCUUGACGAAGAGAUAUCUGACGACCAAGACCUCUCUGACCUCUCUGAUGACGAGGACCUUUCUGACCACGCCGCCGCCAAUCGAUCUACCUCUAAUGGUCAAUCCACCUCCAACGGUCAAUCCAAGGAUGAGCAACAACUCAAAGCUGCCCAAGACCACUUGGAUUCAUUGCUCAAGCAACCGUUGGACUCGCAAGAUCCGUUGGAGAUUAAAAGAUUGCAAGAUAUUGUUACCAGACUUGAAAGAAUGUUGGAGCUUAGAGAGGAGCGUUAUUAA